CCCCGAGAUUCCGCGCGCCAGCCCUCCUCCCUCUCUGCCGAGAUAGCCUCUUCCAGGCCCUCUGUCCGUCCGCUGGGGGCGCGCGCAGAUGCGUGGCAGGCGGCCGCGGCGCCGGCGGCUGGGAGCGCGGGUCGCGUGGUGGUGUGUGGUUGCUAGGGGCGUCUGAGGCCGCCCGCUCGCCCCAGCAGGCCGAGGAAGGAAGCAGCGCGGAGCCGGCGCCGAGCCGGGGCGAAGCUCGGUCCGCUAGGCUGACGGACUUCAAGGAUGCAGCCGCUACUACUGGAGGUGUGUGGCACCUUUUCCGAGUUGGGCCAUGAGGCCACGUGGCCAUGAUGUGGGCCCCUCAUGGCCUCAGCAGGAACAGAGCACUACAGCAUUGGCCUCCGCCAGAGAAACGGCUUCAAGCAGAGUGGCCCCUCAGGCACAGUGCCCGCCCCGCCACCGGAGAAACCCUCCGAGGGCAAAGCCUGGGCUCAGGCCCAUCAGCAGGUGAAGCCAAUCUGGAAACUGGAGAGGAAGCACGUGGGGACACUUUCAGCAGGGUUGGGCCCAGGCCUCUUGGGGGUCCCACCCCCGCCAGCAUACUUCUUUUGCCCCAGCACUUUAUGUAGCUCAGGGCGCACGGCCGUCAUCGCAGGCCACAGCACCUCCUGUUACCUGCACACCCUCCCAGACCUGUUCGGCGGCACCCUCCUGUACCGCCGCUCCGGCUGCAGGCACAAACCGUACCAGCAACUGGAGUCUUUCUGCUUGCGCUCGAGCCUGCCCGGAAAAACACCAUUUUCUCUCCCUCAGAAGAGCCUCCCUGUCAGACUCACUGCCAACAAGGCCCCUUCUUACACAGUGUCCCCCAUGGCUCAGCCCAUGGCAUCCUCAUCUACAGAUCCAUACCUCUCACUGGGAGCGGCUGGGGAAAAUCCUUCGGGGAAGAGCCUGGCCUCUGCCAUCUCAGGGAAGAUCCCCUCUCCAUUCUCCCCCUCCUCCCCCUCCUCCCCCUCCUCCCCCUCCUCCCCCUCCUCCCCCUCCAAGCCCACGCUGAAUAACAACUCCUUCAUGCGGCCAAAUAGCACUAAAGUGCCUUUAUCUCAGGCCACAGAGGGCCUGAAGCCAGUAUCCUCACCCAAGAUCCAUCUUGUCUCCUGGCAUCAUUCGGGGGGUACUGGAGACUGUGCAGUGCAGCCUAUUGAACACAAGGUCCCCAAGAGUACUGGCACUGUCCUAGAUGAUGCCCCUGCCUCUAGCACCCUGUCUGCCCCCAGCUCCUUAGACAUGUCCACCACCAGUGUUGCCUCUCCCCAGUAUAACCGGAGUAACUUAACCACAAGAGCAGAGCCACAUCCCUGUGGCCUGGAUGGUGACUUUGUUUCUCAGGCUCUGACUAAGGAGGUUCGGUUCACUGAGGCCGUGAGGAAGUUGACUGCAAGAGGCUUUGAGAAGAAGCCAAGGCAAGGCUGCCAGUUUGAACAGUCUUGUUUCAUGAACUCCAGCUUGCAGUGCGAUCUCCUCAACAAGAACAGGCUGUGGAAACCUCCCUCAGUAGGCCAGCAGUUCCCUCAGGAGGAUGCUGGAGCAAACAGCAGGAUCCUCCCUAGAGCCCGGGACACGUUGGAGUUGGACAGCACAGUCUUCUGUACCAAACGCAUCAGCAUUCACCUCCUUGCCUCACAUGCCAAUGCACUCAGCCACAGCCCUGCCUGUGGGUCUACGAUCGACUCCCCACCACUGGGAGAAGACAAAACUCCCAUUCUGCCUUCUCCCUCUCAACCCCUUGGCGUAGCUGAUGUGGCCACCCGUCUCUCUUCCAUCCAUCUGGGCCAGCUUGGGACGGAGGGGCCUAAGGAAGCCAGGGAGCUGGACUCACCUGCUAGGGACAUCGGUUCAGCUACACACCUCCAGGUAGACCUGGGUGAGGCUGAAGAUCUAGAAGAAGAGCUGGUAGAUGGUUUGGAAGACUGCUGCAGCCAUGAUGAGAAUGAAGAAGAGGAGGGAGACGCAGAGUGCUCCUCAUUCAGUGCUGUCUCCACCAGCGAGUCGGUAGCAGUGAUCUCUAGGAGCUGUGCAGAGAUUCUGACCAAACCCCUUUCCAAUGAGAAAGUUGUCCGACCAGCUCUCAUCUACAGUCUCUUUCCCAAUGUGCCCCCUACCAUCUAUUUUGGCACCCGGGAUGAGAGAGUGGAGAAACUUCCCUGGGAGCAGAGGAAGCUGCUCCGGUGGAAGAUGAGCACAGUGACCCCCAACAUUGUCAAGCAGACCAUUGGACGGUCCCACUUCAAAAUCAGCAAAAGAAACGAUGACUGGCUGGGCUGCUGGGGUCAUCACAUGAAGUCUCCUAGUUUCCGAUCCAUUCGGGAGCAUCAGAAGCUAAACCACUUCCCAGGUUCAUUCCAGAUUGGGCGAAAGGACCGACUGUGGCGGAACCUGUCUCGCAUGCAGAGCCGCUUUGGCAAGAAGGAGUUCAGCUUCUUCCCCCAGUCCUUCAUCCUGCCUCAGGAUGCCAAGCUCCUGCGCAAAGCUUGGGAGAGCAGCAGCCGCCAAAAGUGGAUUGUUAAGCCGCCAGCGUCAGCUCGAGGCAUCGGCAUCCAGGUCAUUCACAAGUGGAGUCAGCUCCCCAAGCGAAGGCCUCUCCUGGUACAGAGGUAUCUACACAAACCCUACCUCAUUAGCGGCAGCAAGUUUGAUCUGCGAAUCUAUGUUUACGUCACCUCCUACGAUCCUCUGCGGAUUUACCUCUUUUCAGAUGGACUCGUCCGCUUCGCCAGUUGCAAGUAUUCCCCUUCCAUGAAGAGCCUUGGCAACAAGUUCAUGCACCUGACCAACUACAGCGUCAAUAAGAAGAAUGCCGAGUACCAGGCCAAUUCAGAUGAAACGGCCUGCCAGGGCCACAAAUGGGCACUAAAGGCCUUAUGGAACUACCUGAGCCAGAAGGGAAUCAAUAGCGAUGCCAUCUGGGAGAAGAUAAAGGAUGUUGUUGUCAAAACCAUCAUCUCGUCAGAACCCUAUGUGACCAGCCUGCUGAAGAUGUACGUGCGGCGGCCCUAUAGCUGCCACGAGCUCUUUGGUUUUGACAUCAUGCUGGAUGAGAACCUCAAGCCCUGGGUCCUAGAGGUCAACAUUUCCCCAAGCCUCCACUCCAACUCUCCAUUGGACAUCAGCAUCAAAGGCCAGAUGAUCCGUGACCUUCUGAACCUGGCAGGCUUUGUUCUGCCCAACACAGAGGAUAUGGUUUCCAGCUCCAGCAGCUCUAGCAGCUCCAGCACCAGCCUGCCCAGCUCCCCCAGGGACAAAUGUCGAAUGACCCCAGAACAAUUCACUGCACAGAAGAUGAAGAAAGCCUAUUAUCUGACCCAGAAAAUUCCUGAUCAGGACUUUUAUGCGUCUGUGCUGGAUGUCCUGACACCAGAUGAUGUUCGGAUUCUGGUUGAGAUGGAAGAUGAGUUUUCUCGCCGCGGUCAAUUUGAACGAAUUUUUCCUUCUCGAAUCUCCUCUCGCUAUCUCCGCUUUUUUGAGCAGCCACGAUAUUUCAACAUUCUCACCACCCAGUGGGAACAGAAGUACCAUGGCAACAAGCUCAAAGGAGUAGAUCUGCUUCGGAGUUGGUGCUACAAAGGGUUCCACACAGGAGUUGUCUCUGAUUCUGCUCCAAUGUGGUCUCUCCCAACAUCACUUCUGACUGUCCCAAAGGGUGAUGUGGCACUCAGUGCUUUCAACAAAUCAGAGACUGGCAAGCUGGGAAAACACAGCUUCUCUGAGGGAAGCAUACCACUCUCUGAAGAUGGGACCAUGCCCAAGCCCAAGAAGACCCAAGCUGGCCAUUCUUCUCUUCCCAGAAAACCCAGUUCUUCCAGGGACAGUGAGGAUACCAGCAAAGAGCCCAGCCUCUCCACCCAGAUGUUGCCUCUGAUCAAGUACUCUGGGCAGACUUUGAGACUCUCUGCUUCCCCCACCUCCCAGUCAACCGGUGACUCACUCCUGGCUGCUGUGAGCCCAUGACUGGCCUCUCUCCAUUAGCCCCUGCCUAGGAGCACCGGUGUUAGCUACCUCAUGGGAAUUGGCUGGCUGGCCAGCUAGCCUGAGCCCCGGCCCCUUCCUCAAAGUAUUUUUUUGAAGUGGUUGAAUUGCAGAGAUGGGUAUCUGAAGGGCUGGAGGGGUGGUGGGAAUGGGGAGAAGGUGAGGAAGGUUCACUGGCUGGUACCUCAUAUCCCAGCAGAGAAGCCACUGAUGGCCACUCAGCCUUAUAAAGCAGGGUUUGGUUUCUAACUUCAGAGAGCCACGUGUGGUUUGUGUGAGGCCUUGGUGCUGUGAAUGAGUUACAGCUCUGGAGGAAAAAACACAUCAAACAUAUUUGGGCCUGAAGUCCUUUGCCUGUGAUUGAGGAGGUCCCUCCGAAGGUCCUUAUCUCCUCAGGUCUCCCCACCACCCUCUUCCCCACACUGUGCCCCGAGGAGCCACUUUGAGAAACCUUCUGACCUCCUCAGUAGACAGGCAGGGAGAGGCCAUACGUGAUGAACCCAUUUCCUGUCAUCCUAGUCUUUAGGGGCUUCAUAUUUCCUUUCAUAUACCCAGCAGCCAAUAGCCCUGAGUCUGUUCUGACCUCACGUCACUACCUGUUCAACCUUAUAGACUUCUUUCUCAUGAAUGUUAGCUCUUCGCUAUCUGUGAGGUAAGAGGUCUUGAGCUUUGUGAAUUUGCUGUGGCCCCAGUGAAGGAGCCCAGGUAAUCCCAGUUGCUGUUGUCUGUGUCUACACAUCAAAAAACACAACCCAGGGGCAGGGCGGAAGGAGCUGCGAUUUCCCCACAACACACAGGAAGUUGUGGGUUCUUACCUCCUUCACUGAUUAGCGGGGUCUAGCUCACAGGCCACCAGGCGAGCAGAGUCUGGGGGCAUGGCCGGUGGGUUGCAGGAGCAGUCACCGUUGUAGAAUGGCCUUCUAGUCAGACCGCUGAUGAAACUCUUGUACUCUUCACUGAAUCUACCUCCCUCCCCAAGACUCCGUAAACAGCGAGUGUUCAAUAAACGUUGACUGAGCGAACUGUGAGUACAAAGAACACGAACACCUGAACCAGAAGUUCUCCUCUCUGUGCUGGGGCCCAGUGAUGCCCAGGGGAAGCACGCGGUGGAAUAGUGGAUCAGAAAGGUGGUUUUCACUUGAACUAUGGUUUCUCCUCAACUCAACCCAGCACUUGCUGGUAGCUGCUCACUCGUUCCUGGGCCCUGUGGUCUCUUCACUUCAGUUGUCUAGCAGCUGUGCCCAACAUGAAUCCACCUGGCCCCAGGCUCUUUGCCUUUAUUCUCUCUGAAUUUCAUAAAGAUGAUUACCCUGCUUCGUGGCUUCUGGAGUUCUAAGUGGUGAGUUGGGAUGGAGCCAUGGAAAAGUCACUGAGAGGCCUGACUGGGUUCAAGGCCAUGCAAUAGAUGGCUGCGCUGGUCAGUCUGAAGGCCAUGUUGACAAUUGUGAAGAAAGCUUUGUGACAAAGUCCUGAGAUAUUACCUGCUGCUCAGUAGCAAGGACUUCAAAGUCAGGCCCAGCAGGAGAGGCCCUGGCGGUCCUUAAAUCUGUUCUGAUAGAAUUGAAGCCAGCUCUGUCCUGUGCCACCUUAGUGUGGUACUCCACUGCAGUGUCAAAACCUUGUGAUGAGAGCAGUCAGCAGCCUUCCUAAGAAAACUGGCCACCUGCAUAAGUACUUUUGUGGUGGCUGGUCUGGUGCAAGGGCUUGGCUGUGGAGGCCUGGCUGAGCUGGUUUAUUCUUUGGAAACUAGCUUAAGUUCUGUGGCCUGCCAGCUGAGAAUCCCCAGAAGGCAUAACCAGUGCACUGACAUCCCUGUAACUGGAGAGGGGACCAGCAUUGCAGCAUCAUGGGAUAAGGAGUGGGAGGGGAGCUUACUAAGUUAAAUAGGUAAUGAAAAUAAGUGUCCGUAAUAGUUUAAAACGUGUUUAUGCAUACAUUAUUUUUUUUUAAUGUUUUUACUUUUGAGGGAGAGAGAGGAAGCAUGAGUGGGGGAGAGGCCGAGAGAGAGAGACACAGAAUCUGAAGCCGGUUCCCGGCUCUGAGCUGUCAGCACAGAGCCCAAUGCAGAGCUCCAACUCAUGAACAGUAAGACCAUGACCGAACCAAAGUCGGAUGCUUAACUGACUGAGCCACACAGGCACCCUUAUACAUACAUUAUUUUUAGUUUCCAUCCUAUUACAAUCUCUGAAGGUGUGGUGUUUUGCCACAUGGGACAAAGGAAUGGGGAUUAUAAUCCCUCUUCACCCUUGAGAGAAAAAAAUCUUGCUUAAGCAUUCAGCAUACAUGUUUAGCAAUGAACACCUGUGUUAAGGUAUUCAGCUCAAUAAGGACUUUGGGAGAAGUAAGAUUUGUUGAAAGCUUAAAUCUGGAGGUGUAGUAGGAUAAAUGUCAGAACGUGUCCACUGUUUUUUUUUAAAUUGAUAACAGUCCCUGUUUGGAGACGGAAUGGAAUGUUCCGGAGUCAAGAAAUGAAGUACAAGAUAUUUCUGGAUCAGUGGAGUAGGGAUUUGGGGUGGGGGCAUAGAAGGUAGUCACUAUUCUGUUUACUUCAAAUUCACUCAGGAUUGAUCAGAAACUGAUUUAGAAUGAAUACCAAUGAAGAAUAGUGGUGUUGUGAUAGGAAGAGAGCAUGGACCUUGUAAUCUGACCUUGGGUUCUUUUUUUUUUUUUUUUUCUUAAGUUUAUUUUUGAGAGGGAGCACGAGCAGGGGAGGGGCAGAGAGAGAAUACCAAGCAGGCUAUGCACUGUCAGCACGGAGCCCAUUGCAGGGCUCAAACUCAUGAACUCUGAGAUCAUGACCUGAGCUGAAAUUGAGUUGGACACUUAACCGACUGAGCUAUCCAGGUACCCCUGACGUUGGGUUCUAAUUUCAGUUCUGCUGUGUGACCUUGGGCAUGUCAUCUAACUUUUUAAAGUCAGGGUUUUUUAAAUAAUUUUUUUAAUGUUUAUUUUUUUUAAAUUUAUUUUUGAGAGAGGGAGCACAAGUCGGGGAGGGGC